AUGCCUUUAAUGACAUUUAAACAUAAUGAAUUAAGAGAAAGUGAAGAUAGAUUUAAACCUAAAUAUCUGCAAAAUGAGAAGAUAAUUCAUUAUCAUUUGCAGCAAAAACAUAAAAGACAUUUUAAGAAUGGAAGCAAUCAGUAUAAUAUCAAAGAGAGUGUUGUUACAGAAGAUACCAAAAAGGAUGAUAAAUAUAAUAAACGAGUAAAAGAGGUAAAAAAAAUGAGAGAAUUGAAAGAAUUGAAAGAAUUGGAGAGCUAUAAAGAAAGAUUAAACCUAUUGGAGAAUCAACUACUUUUUGAACAAGGAGCUAAUAUAAAACUUAAUGCUGCAAUAAACCAUCUUUUAGAAAAAGGUGGAAAGGCGUCGAAAUCAGUUACAAACUUGAGUUAUGCUGCUUCAGAGAUAUCGACAUUAAAUUCAAAGGAAUCUAAGUUGAGCAAAAGCAAAAUAGGACAAAGAUCAAUGUAUCAGAUUAAUGAUCCAAGUUCAAACUUAGUUCAAUCAUCAUUAAAGAUAAAAACAAGUUCAUCAGUGAAUUCGAUAAUGAAUUCAUCAAUGGACUCAUCAAUUGAAGCUACUGAUAGCAAUUCAUCAAAUUUAAAUUCAAAUUUGAAUUUAAAUUUGAAUUUGGAUUGGAAUUUUGAUGAUGGUGAAUUGAUUGAGUUAUAUAAAAAUUUAAACAGAGAUUACCAAAUAAAGGAUGAAGAAAAAAUUGAAGAAAAUAAUUCAUUGAAGAUAGCAAAUGAGGAUUUAAUUCAAGAGAAUAUGAAAUUACAGAGUGAGGUUAACUGUAUUAAGAUGAAUUUUCAUAAGAUGAACACAGGAUGGACACUACAAAAAAGCAAUAAUGAUAAUGAUAAUGAUAAUAAUAGUAAUGAUGGCAUUAAAAAGGCCAAUUCGGCUAAAGCAAAUACAAUUGAAGGAAUUGAAAAAAUUGAAUUUAGUGACGAAUUGUUGGACGAAAUUAGGAAAAAAUAUAUUGAGAUAUACAACGAUCCAACAAGAAUAAUGAUGAAAAUUGAUCGAAUUCCUAAUGAUAUAUUGAGUUCCCGAUUAAAGCUCUUGGAUUGUGUCGGUGGUAUUGAAAUGCAUACAAGAUUUAGCCAAAAGAAUCGAAGAAUAAAUGAGUUGAUAAUAUCAAGCUUUUACGAAAAACACCAACAGGAAGUUUUAUUGUUGACUGGAGAAAGGAAUACAAAUACAAAACCAGAUAUAAUCACAAAAACUGCAAAUUUUGAAAAAAGAGAAGGAACCGAUAGGAGCCAGGGAAGCCAUGGCGGUGAUAAUAAAUCAAUUGAUCAAAAAGUGAUGGCAAAGGAAAUCCGUCUAUUGGACAUAUUCAAUUACAUUUGA